ACCCCACCCCAAUCCAACCAUAAAAAGAAGAAAGAGAGAAGAUUGUUAUUCCAAGAAUUUUAAGAACAUUAGACAUGGGAUUGUAUCAAUCAUGUUGUAUUAUCCUAUGUUUUAUGUUCUUGAUUUUGAAACCUAAAUUAUCAUAUUCCAUGUCAUGUACAUCACAAAAGUUUACAAAGAACAGAUUAUAUGAACAUUGCAAUGACUUACCACAUUUGAAUUGUUACAUCCAUUGGGAUUACAAUUCCAAGGAUUUUACCUUAAAUUUAGCCUUUGUAGCUACUCCCACUAAACCUAAUGGUUGGAUUGCUUGGGGAAUUAAUCCAAAUUCAACAGGAAUGGUUGGUACACAAGCGUUGAUCGCGUUUAAACAAUCCAAUGGUUCCAUUAUCGCGAAAACGUUCAAGUUGAAUUCGUAUAAAUCCAUCGUGCCCGGGGAGCUAGUGUAUCGCGUUACAAAUAUGGAGGCUAUGUAUAGUAAUGGAAUGAUGGUAAUUUUUGCUAGUAUAAAAUUACCUGAAGGAAUGAUAGAAUUGAAUCAAAUAUGGCAAGUAGGAAGUUCAGUCUUGAAUGGGACAUUCCCUGGAAUUCAUGAUUUUCAGCCUGAAAAUUUGAAUUCCAAGGGAAAACUUGAUUUGAUGGAAGGGAAGAGUAUAAAUGGUCCUGAGGAUUCUAGGCUCAAGAAUAGAAAUAUUCAUGGAAUUCUGAAUGUUGUGAGUUGGGGAAUAUUAUUUCCAAUUGGAAUUAUGAUUGCAAGGUAUCUAAGAACAUUUGCAGAUCCAGUGUGGUUUUAUGUUCAUGUGGCUUGUCAAUUAUCAUCUUAUACUAUUGGAGUUGCUGGUUGGGCAACUGGUCUGAAACUUGGAAAUCAAUCUAAAGGAAUUGAAUAUACUUCCCAUAGAGAUUUUGGUAUUGCCUUAUUCUCUCUUGCAACUCUUCAGGUGUUCGCCCUAUUUCUGAGGCCAAAGAAAGAUCAUAAGUACAGAUUUUACUGGAAUAUGUAUCACCAUGGAGUUGGAUAUGGUGUACUUGUUCUAGGAAUCAUCAAUGUGUUUAAAGGUCUUGAGAUUUUGAAGCCAGAAAGCAAAUGGAAAUUGGCUUAUAUUAUUUGCCUUUCAAUUCUUGGAGGAAUUGCUCUUAUUUUAGAAGCCGUUACUUGGACAAUUGUACUUAAAAAGAAGCCUGGAAAAUCAAAUAACAAGCUUUAUGAUGGCCAAAAUGGUUCAAAUGGAAGACAACAACCUCUCACUUCUUGAAGUAGUUCUCCCUGCGCGGAUCCAGAUUUAAUCAGAUUCCAAUAUCGAAUACCGAACUCCAGAUGAAAAACCAAAAAACAAAGAAGUAGCUCUCUCCUACACAUGUCUAUAGUACAAGUCUGAAAAUGAUUUUCUGGGUGCGGUCCUUCUCCACACGCUGUGUGAAUAUGAGACGUUUCGUGUAUCGAGUUGUCUUUUCCCUAUAUAUUGUAUUUGUUUUCAUGUGGUUAGCUGAAUUUUAAUUAAUUUAUUUAUUUUGGUUAGGAUUGUAAUUUAUUUUGAUAUUUUCUUCUUGUGUAGAAGCCAUGCUCUGUGAGAGUAUCUUUUGUUAUUUUUUUCUUCUUUUUAA